AUGACGACCCGUAACAACGAGAUUAAACUCGCAACACCUGGAUCCAGCAGCGAUGCUGAGCUCGCAUCGCGCCAGUUUCAGUUUCCGUUCCCUGAAGCCUACUCGAUUCAGCUGGAUCUGAUGCGGCAGGUGUUUUCAACGAUCGAGGAUGGAAAAGUCGGUAUUUUCGAGAGUCCUACUGGAACAGGAAAGUCUUUAUCGCUGAUAUGUGCUGCUUUUACAUGGUUGCGGCAGAAUGAACAGAGGGGGGUUAAGGGUUCUAGUGGCAGCAGUAACGAGAGGAAUAGUGUAGGGACGCUUGAUGAGCCAGAUUGGGUCGUUCAGCAUGAACAAGAGCGCAAGAGAAAGCAACACGAAGCAUAUCAGAUCGACCUUAGAGAGCGUAUAGCAGUUGCACGUGCAAAGCAAGCUGCUCUGAAGCAAAGUCGUCGUGAUGGCAUGCUCGCCAAAGAUGCAAGAGCAGCUAAGCGACAACGUUCCAGCGCCAAUGAUAGGGACGAGGAUGAUGAUUCGGAUGAUGAUCUUCUUAUCGAAGAAAGCGAGGGCGCAAAGGGUGCACAGGCGCUUCGUAUGGCUACUUACUCCAAGACUGCGCUGUGGGAAAAGUCUUCAGAUCUCGACUGCAACCUCUCACCAGCAGUGCGGGCUCUCAUGCAGAAAUACGAACAGACCCACAACCGUGGUCAAGAGGAGCAAGAGGAACCAGAAACCUUGCCACGGAUUAUAUACGCUAGUAGAACACAUUCGCAGCUCUCGCAAUUCGUCGCCGAGCUCAAAAAGACCUCUUUCGGCCAAGUAGAUGUGCUGGAUGCAGAGAAGAUGCCCGUCCGAACAAUUGCUUUGGCAAGUCGAAAACAGAUGUGCAUCAACCAAGACGUUCAGCGCAUAGCAAGCAUCAAAGGUUCAGAAGCCAUGAACGAGCGAUGUUUAGAACUGAUCAAGGCAAAGAAGGGCAAGGGUCGAUGUGCCUUGUUGCCUACCUUUGAUCAAGUUGGCAGAGCUGAAAUUUUGGAGUUCCGCGAUGCAGCUAUGGCAGAAGUUGGCGAUAUUGAAGAUCUCGUUCAGUUGGGUAUAAGUACAAAGACCUGUCCAUACUUUGCAGCUCGUAGUAGUGCUAAGCAAGCAGAGCUCGUUACGCUUCCUUACAAUCUGCUCCUGCAAAAAGACGCACGUCAGUCUCUUGGUAUCAGCCUGAAGGGGUGUAUUGUUCUCAUCGACGAAGCACACAACCUCAUUGACACCAUCCUCUCCACGCAUUCAGUGACGAUCGAUUCGCGGCAGAUCAUACAAGCGUCAAAACAGAUCGAAAUGUACCUCGACCGUUUCGCACUGCGGUUGAAAGGAAACAACGAGCAAAAUCUUCGUAAAGUCAAGAAAGUGCUUUCAGCAUUGUCGACAUUCUUCUCUAAGCACGCCACCAAAGGGAAAGGCAAUUCUGACGUGGUCAUGUCGCUCACAGACAUGCUAGGAGCAAUGAUGGGCAGUGUAGAUCAAGUUAACCUUGUGACGCUCGAGACGUGGUUGAAGGAGACGCAGAUCGCAAGAAAGAUAAGUGGCUAUGCGGAGAAACGCAAGAAGAAGACAGCCGAGCAAGCAGAAGCAGCCAUGCUAGCCAACACGAAUCAGAACGCCAGCAAGAAUCGUGCCACGACAAAGCGUUUACCGAAGAAAGCUGAUCUCGAGCAAGGAGCCUGCACAAGUCAAAGUGGCAUAGGUCAAAGUGGCAUUUCGAGCAUGCACGCGAUCGAAGCCUUCAUCCUGUCGCUUGCCAAUCGAUCCGAAGAUGGUCGGGUAGUCCUUACCAGCACGCUUGACAGCAAUACUGGUGAGACUAUCGUGCGUGCCAAGUAUCAGCUUCUCAACCCAUCACACGUUUUCAAAUCGCUCGUCGACGAGGCGCGCUCAGUCAUUCUGGCUGGUGGAACGAUGGAGCCUAUCUCAGACUUUCGUCAACAGCUUCUUCCAUUCCUGCCUUCUGACCGACUUGUCACCUUCUCAUGCGGUCACGUCAUCCCACCGAGCAACCUCAUGGUCUCCGUCCUCUCCUCUAGUCCGAAAGGCUUGCCAUUCGAAUUCAAGUUGGAUUCGCGUGACAACACUGAUAUGCUUGACCAACUAGGCAAGACGCUUGUUAACCUUUGCAAUAUCAUACCUGCAGGUCUGGUUGUUUUUGUUCCGUCAUAUGCAUUCCUAGACAAGCUGAUGGCAAGGUGGAAAGAUGCAGCCUCAGGCCAAGUGUUGCAGAGAUUAAGUGCAAAAAAGAAAAUCUUUAUCGAGCCUAAGACGACGAUGCAAGUAGACAAGGUGCUGGCAGAGUACACGGCAGCCAUUCGAGCGGAGCAGGGGAGAGGAGGUGGCGGCGCGAUUAUGUUGGCUGUAGUCGGAGCAAAGUUGUCGGAAGGUAUCAACUUCUCAGAUGAUCUCGCACGAGGCGUGGUGAUGGUAGGCAUGCCUUUCGCCAACAUCAACAGCCCAGAGUUGGCGGAAAGAAUCAAGUAUGUGCGAGAUUUGGCCAAGCAAGCAAGAACGACAAGCAACUUGUCAAUGCCGAAAGUGGCUGAUCCCGGCGAUGAGCUAUAUACAAAUCUAUGCAUGAAGGCUGUCAACCAAUCCAUUGGUCGAGCAGUACGGCACCAGAAGGACUACGCAGCACUGAUCCUGCUCGAUAGAAGAUACGGCCGACCUGAGAUCAGGCAACGUCUUCCAGCGUGGAUUCGAAACCAAGUGACCGUCGCCGAGCGUUUCGGUGGUAUGAUACAGCAAACAGCGGCAUUCUUCAAGAACCGAAACACCUGA